AUGGAGCAGCUUCAGGAUGUACAGGAAUAUAGUGCAAAUAAUGUCGCUUCGUCGUUAGGGGCAGUUAAAAAUGACAAUUUAUUUUCAUUUGCAAAAGAAAAUUUUUUUCUUACUUGCCUAUAUAUCACACUUUUGGUUCUGUCCACGAGGGUUCUAGUAAAGACUUAUUAUGUACCAAUGCUUCAACAUGCAGAUGAAUUUUGGAUGCUUCUGAAACAUGACGUAAAUAAUGGAAAAGAAUCUAUGGAAGAACUUAAGAACAGUGUCAAGGGAUACCUGAAAAUGUUUAAGUUUUACAUAUUGAAUGAGUUCAGUACUAUUCUAGGAGUAAUAAUUAAAAAAUUGAAAAGUACGAACGAAGGUGUCCAAAAUGUUCAGCAGUGUGAAACACGGGAUAAUCCAAUGAUUUCAUGUCAUGAUGAUAAACGUGACGACGAUAAAGCCAUGGAGGAAAAAGUAAAUAAAGAAGAGGAAAAAAUGAAAAAGGAAGCGGAUGAAAGAAGGAAGAGGAAGGAAGAAAUGAAAAAGGAAGAGGAUGAAAGAAGGAAGAGGAAGGAAGAAAUGAAAAAGGAAGAGGAGGAAAGAAGAAAGAGGAAGGAAGAAAUGAAAAAAGAAGAGGAGGAAAGAAGGAAAAGAAAGGAAGAAAUGAAAAAGGAAGAGGAAGAAAUGAAAAAGGAAGAGGAAAAAAUGAAAAAGGAAGAGGAAAAAAUGAAAAAGGAAGAGGAAAAAAUGAAAAAGGAAGAGAAAAAAAUGAAAAAGGAAGAGGAAAAAAUGAAAAAGGAAGAGGAAGAAAGAAAGAAAAGGGAAGAAGAAGUGAAAAAGGAAGAAGAGGUUGGAAAGAAAAAUGAUUCUAUGGAAAACGGAUUAAGUAAUACUUCCAUAGAAAAAGUUAACAGUGAUAUAGAAGGAGAAGGAUCAAAGGAUAGUCUUGCUAAGGUUGGAUUGGAAGACACACAGGAACAUAAGCCAAAGGAUAGUUCUACAAGGGAAGGUGAUGAAGGUGUUACCGGAGAAAAAACUGACGAGAAACCUAUCAAAAAUACGGAAGAUGCCAAUAAAGAAGGAACCGCCGAAAAAGACAUAAAGGAAAAUAAGAAAGAUAGCAAUGGAAAUGAAGAAGUAAAAAACCACGAAAAUAUGACAAUAGAACGUGACACAAAAGAACAGUCCAAAUCAGGAACUGGUGAAGAAUUAAAACGUGAAAAGGAUGAACCAUCGAAACACGCAACCGGCGGAAUAGCAAAGCACGAUAAGACGGAGAUUUCUGAACAUAAAACAUCAGGGAAAGAGAAACUCCAAAACAGCGGACAAGCGAAGGAAAAGAGAAAUGAACAAUUAAUGAAUAUGACACAGGAAACGAGUACCGGAAUAAAUCAUGAUAAAAAGAAAAAAACCUUAAACCUUAAAAGUAUGAUUUCAAAGGAUAAAGAUAACGGUGAAAAGGGUGUUAAUGUUGAUAAAUCAAAUAAAAAAGAACUAACAGAAGAAUGGAAAGUUAAUGAAUGGAAUAAAUGGAUGCGUCAUUUAGAAGAACAGUGGCAUCUCUUCUUUAAAGCUCAGGAAAUCAAAACCGACGACUGGAUACAAAAAAAAGAAAAAGAGUUCAAAGCAUGGAUAACAGAAAUAGAAACUAAAUGGAUGAAUUACAACCACAAUUUGGAUACAGAAUAUAACACUGAUCUAUACGAAAAGUAUCCAUCGUGGUCGGAAAAUGAAUGGAAGACAUGGAUAAGAACAGUUGGAAAAAAACUAAUGGGAAAAGAUUGGAUUCAGUGGAUAAACGGUCAUGAAUCUAAAUUGAAUGAAUGGGUUCAGUAUGACUGGUUCCAAUGGAAAUCCCUAAAGUUUUUUAAUUGGGAAAUUAAUGAAUGGAAAAGUGAUGAAUACGAAUAUUGGGCCGAAUGGCAAAAUGGAAAUUUGGGCAUGUUGCUAAAUAAAAAAAAAAAAAAAAAAUAUUUAUCAUGGAAAAAUAGGAUCGAAAGGGAAAAGUCGGAAUGGGACAGUUGGACUCGAUCAAAAGAACUAUUACUUCUAAAAAGUAAAACCAGUAAUUGGAUGAAAUGGAAAAAUGAAAAACAAUUAUCAUUUAACGAUUGGAUAGAAAACUUCAUAGAGACAUGGAUCAGCAAGAAGCAGUGGAAUACAUGGGUUAUAGAAAGGCGAAAUGCACUUUCCCGAAAAAAAUCACCUUCAUAUUAA